CAGCCCCGCCCCGACAUGGCCGCCGCGCGUCACGUGGUGCCGGGCGCGGGCACGCGCGCGGGAUUGGCGGCGGAGGCGGGGGAGGCGGCGGAGGGGAUGAUGGCGGCUGAGGGUCUGGGGGGCGCGGGGCCAGUGCCGGGGCUGUGGCGGCGCUUGGCGGCGCUGGGCCGGCGUCUGGAGGCGCCGAGGGGAGCGGGCGGCGACGAUACCUUCCUCGUAAAGGGCUCUGCUGCUCUGGAGAAACUGGAGGGACUCUGUAAGGAAGGGAGCGAGAAAGCACAUCCAUCCAAGCUUUUGCAGCUUUAUACACAGGCUGUUUUAGACAUUACAUAUUUUGAGGAAAGCCAGCUUGUGGAUGAAGAUUUUCCAGAAGAAACUUCCUUGCAAAAAAUUAAGGAACUUACUGGUAUUCUGUCAGAACCAGAAGAUCUAGUGAGGGAAUGCAGCAUAAAUGAAGAUCCUAUUAACAUCCUUGGUACAGAGUUGAUAGAAUGUCUUUACUGGAGAAAAGGAGCCCUGCUUUACAUGUAUUGUCAUACAGCAAAAGAAAGGAGUGAAUGGCUACAAGAAAACAUUGCCAUAUUUAAAAAGUGUCUUAAUGAUGGAGUUCAUUACUUGAUGAAGAUGCUUAGCUUUAGAUGCCCUCUUUGUCUAAAUGAAGAUGUCUUACUUCAAGAUAAAGACACAGCUAGAUUACUCAGUGAAGGUAUAUUUAGUGACACUCACUUGCUGGCGAUGAUGUACAGCGGAGAAAUGUGCUACUGGGGACUGAAACUCUGUGGAGAAGGGGAGCCGGAAAGCUGGAGAAGGGGAGCCGGAAAUACGACAGGCCCGGCGCCUAACAGCGACCCGGGCUGCAGAUCACACAGCGCACCCCUGGAUUUCCGAGAACUGGGCAAAAGCAUGCUGACGAAGUACGUGUCUGUAUGCGAGGGACCGUUGCAGGGCCAGGGCUGGAGCACCAGCAGCGCCAAACAAAUGGCGGAGCGGGGCGGGCUGGAGGCCACCGUGCGCGGCCGCCUGCGGGGCCUGAAAGAGCGCUGGGCGCGGGGGCUGAGGGAGCGGGCCGAGGCCGCCUCGCAGCCGGGCCCGGCGGGCGGGGAAGGGGAGGCUGAGGAAGCGAGCGCCCUGCAAGCGCUGCCGAUCGACGUGCAGCUGAACAUCAUGUCCUUCCUCUCGCCACAAGACCUGUGCCACCUGGGGAGCACGAGCUGCUACUGGAGGGCGGCCGUGCAGGACCCGCUGCUCUGGAGGUACUUUCUGCUGCGGGAUCUCCCCUUCUGGACCUCCGUUGACUGGAAGUCGCUCCCGGAUGUGGAAAUUUUUAAUAAAGCCUUCUCAGAAGUCAGCAAUAACACUCUGUAUGACUACAUGGCAAUAUACAAAAAAAGCUGUCCUCAGAGUAGAAGAAGCUGGAAAUCAAGCCGUCCCCGGUAUGGGGCUGUGACUUCCUUUUUGCAGUCACUGGUCACUCAGGCAGAACCUCGCUUUGCAAUGUUUGGGCCGGGUUUGGAAGAGCUGGAUAACUCUUUAGUGCGAAAGAUGAUGACAUGCCCAGAAAUUCUGCUAGUAGCUGGCCUACCUACAAGACGAAUUCAUGGAAUUGGAUCAGGAGUCAGUUUUCAGUUUAAUAACAAUCAAAAAUUCAAUAUUCUGACAUUGUAUUCAACCACCAGUGUGGAAAGAAAGAGAGCAAGGGAAGAGCAAGCUGCUGUUGUGAAUAAGAUGUUCUACCAAGAGAACAGUGUAGUAGGAAAUCAGCAAGCUGUGCACUACAAUGUAAUAGCUCAAGUUAAAAAGGUGUGCGAAGUAGUUGAUGGAUUCAUUUAUGUUGCUAAUGCAGAAGCUCAUAAAAAACAUGAUCGACAGGAGGAACUGGCUCAUAUUUUGGCAAUGAUUGAUCCAACCCUUGGACCUCCAAACAGACCUCUGCUAGUUCUGUCUUGCAUCUCUCAAGAUGAUGUGAAAAGAAUUCCUUGUGUUUAUGUGGCACAUCAGUUGCAACUAAAUCUGCUAAAUCAGCCCUGGAUGGUGCAAGAUACUGUAGCUGCAACUUUAACUGGAUUGCUAAGUGGAAUUGAAUGGCUCUUAGAAGAAGCAGAUUGUAAAAAUACUCAAUAAUGGAACUUGCUUUCAUUUACUGUAUAGAGACUUUGGUGUUGGGCAGUUAGGUGAAUUGAGAAUCUUGUCCUGACACAGAAGCAUCAGAAAGGAGAUUUAAAAGACAAACCUGCUUACAUUUCACUGCACAUAAAUAAUUAACAUAUGUUUGUUUUCUUUCUUUUAAUAAAUGAGGCCUUUAAGGUUCAAUCUCUUCUCAGUGUAUCUGAUAAUCUCAUCUGUAAAUAUACCAAACUAGGUUAAUUUAUCAAUGCAGCUGUAUGGCACGCAUCACAUUCAGUAAAUACAUUCAGUGGACAGACAUCUCAGCAAUGACAGUUCCCAACCAAAGAAAAUACAGUGUACAUUGUACUGUGUUCUUAUAAUCUUCUGCAGUAGAUUGACAGAAAGACAGUAUUUUUUUCAGAAGUGUAGAUUUUCCUUUUUGUCUUUGUUCCUUCAGAAACCAUGCCUUGACAAGAAAUAGUGCUUGAGGCGUAAUUGUCAGCCCAGACCAAUACUCUCACAAGCAAACAAGCAAAAUACCUUGCAUGAAUCAGUUAUUUCUUGGUUUUGAUCUUGUUUAUCAAUUGACUACAGAAACCUUCAACAUCUGCUUUCUGCUGCGGUGAGAUUAAUUUGAACUGGCAUACCUGUUGCCAUGAGUGAAUGUAAAAUAGAGUUAUUAAUAUUUCAGAAGAUUUAUCAAAUACAUAGAUCUCCAGGACCUAUUGGUUACUCAGAUAAUUGUGGCCAUUUGCAUAUGUGAAGUAUUGGGCUUGAAAUUUUCUACAGAACUGUAAAUAUUUUUAUAAAAAGGAGUCAACGUUUUAGAUCCAAAAUGUCGUUUUUCAUAUUGGUGUCUUUUGGCAUAGUUCUGCUCCUAGUCUUCCACCUUUUUAAUAUUUUUUGAUAAUUGGAAGAAUGUUCAGAAACUUCCCUUGGCUUUUUUUGCCCAUGCAUGUAUUUGUUUUAUUUGGGGAUUUUUUCUUUUCUUUGCUACAUGAAAAUGCAAUAGUCUUAAAAACAGUUUUUUGUUGUUACCUAGAAAAAUGGUGCACGUGGUGCACAUUCAGCUUCUAACUACCUUCAUUCUGGUAUACAUGUUUGAUAACACAGCUACUUCAGAAACAUUCCAUUUAAGUCUUUUUUUUUUUUUUUUUUUUGAACUAAUACAGAGAUAGGAAUCGUAAUCUUAUUUUGUUUAUCUUUAUAUAGGAUUAACAGUUUUCUAGGCUUUUUGUCUGACUUCAUUAUCAGGAGAUGUUUUAAGGGAGGAUCCAUGGUGAGCAAUACUAUGAUAAUUCUGUGUAUUAUCCUGAAUUUAAUAGAAUAUAUGUACUCUGUGCUUUAAAAUAGUGUGCAAAAUAUGAAUAAUAGGAGAAAAAAAUGACACUUUGUGGCUGGGUGAUUGUGACUUUCCUGCUAGUUCUAAUAAUUCUGUUGUGAUCUAUCUGUGUUAUGGAGAAUUGAAUACAGCAACGUGUGCUAGCUACUACAAAUGUUUAUGCAAGAUCUUCAUUCUGCUUUCUUCUUAUGGAAUAAAUUAUUUUUUAAAAAGUA